AUGAUACACUUUGCAGAUCUGGGGGCAAUAUCAUUGGCAAAUUCCAAUACUGUGAUUGCGGGUUGCAUUGUCUUCGCAUUGUAUUACCUAUUCCAAUUCCUCAAUUCAAAGAAAUUGAAUUUCGAUGCUCCAGUUAUAGGCGAUGCGAGUGAUCUUCGCUCUGCUCUGAUCAACGGGUACAACCAGUGCCCAAACACGCCAUUUUUACUGCCAACAGCGGCUCAUCCUACAAUCAUCUUACCCAUCAAGUACAUUGAUGAGAUCAAAUCUUUACCCCCAGACAAGAUCUCAUUUCUCGAAGAAUUCAGAGAUAGAUACUUUGGGCAUUAUACGGCGUUUGCAAACAAUACCGAAGGAGAUGCAGUCACAACAAGUGUCAAGGUUGACCUCACACAGAGCAUCGCGCGUGCAUUGGAGAACAUGCAAGCUGAGACAGAGCUCGCUUUUGCAACUGAAUUGCCGAAGCCCAAGGACUGGAUGUCAGUGACAUUAUAUCCCAUCAUAUUAAGAAUGGUGGCAAAGGUCAGUGGACGAGUGAUGGUAGGCGAGCCGUUAUGCAGGAAUGAAAAAUGGAUUCAAAUAUCGACUACAUAUACUCGUGACACCUUCUUGGGGGGUCGAGCGGUCUGGGCACGACACCCACUUUUUAGACCAAUAUAUGCUCUUUAUUCGCCAGAAUUAAAGAAAGUUCGCCAACACUAUACCGAUGCGGCAGAAUUCCUGCGGCCAAUCUUCAAUCAAAGAUUCAAGGAGAUGGAGCGGGAUGAUUUUGAGAAACCACAAGAUAUGAUUCAAUGGAUGAUCGAUAACUCGGGAAACAAUGCUAAAGAUGCGACCUUCCAAGGUCGAUGCCAACUCUUGAUAUCAUUUGCAGCCUUGCAUACUACGUCUGGACUGUUAGGUAAUGCGAUUCUUGACCUUGCAGCACGACCAAAAUACAUUGAAGCUCUCCGCGAAGAGAUAGCCGCUAAUCUUCCCGAAAAUACUCAAAUCACCAAACAAAUACUCACCAAACUGCGAAAAAUGGAUUCGUUCUUGAAGGAAAGUCAGAGAAUGAACCCAUUGAAUCUAGUCACCAUGAACAGAAAGAUGAUGGACACAGUACAGCUAUCAGAUGGUACAAUCUUACCAAAAGGAUCUUUCGUUGGUAUGGCAGCCGGCUCCAUCGGUUUUGAUCCCAGAAUCUUCGAAAAUCCCGACGAAUUCGACGGUUUUCGAUUCGAGAAGCUCAGACAGCAAGAAGGCGCGGAAAACAAAUUCCAACUAGUGACCACAGGAAAGGAUAGUCUGGCUUUUGGACACGGAACUCACAGUUGUCCAGGCCGCUUUUUUGCCAGCAAUGAGAUUAAGACGAUGCUGAUCGAACUUCUGCGGAAUUAUGAUUUUCAGCUACUCCCUGGAACUGAAAGGCCAAAGAAUUUAAAGAGUGAUAUGAGUCUCGUUGUAGACCCAACGGCACAGAUUCAAAUUAAAGAGCGUUGUAGAUAG